GAGGGCCUCGCCGAACUAAUAGCUAAUCACAACGUAGUAGUUCUAUUGAUCGAGGAAGUAGCCUAAUUAACUAUGUCGACGACGGCAACGGCAAGUCUGCCGUAUGGUAAAUAUUAUUGCCCGAUCAAGGAAGGACGCCCGCCGCAAGAGGAUCCGCCAUGGGUAGAUAUCUCCUUUUGGAGUUGUCUUCUUUUCUUCUUCGUAACACUCAGUUUGCACAUCUGCUGGAUCGCCCGGACCAGAGCAAGGAAACCACGAGGAGACGUCGAGCAGGGUCGGCUGACUCCUCCCGAGCAAGACGAUAAUGAUAGCGACGACGACGGAGAUAGGUGGGACAAUAUUGGGUUAUGGUAUGGAGUCGAGGUUUUCAGGAAAAGUGGCAGCGGCAGCCUAACCCAAGGAAAGAGAGACGAAAGAAGACCAUCGAAUUGGGCGACAGAGGAAUGUGUGAUUUGCUUGGAGGAGUUCCACGAUGGGGACGUGCAAGGCGUUCUCACGGUGUGCAGCCAUGUUUAUCAUAAAACUUGUUUAGAUCGUUGGCUCGCUAAAGACGACGGCGAGCCUACUUGCCCACUUUGCCGCGCGCCUCCGUCGAUGAUUGUCCAUACGAAGCGUGAAACUGGAACCGGCUCGAGUGUGAUUUUCUGUUAGAAACAUGAGCUUUUGGUAUUAAUCAUCGUUUGAGUGAUUAUUUAUGUUUUGUGGGGUUUUUGGAGUUAUUACGAUAUUUUGGUAUUUUGUAGACGUCUUGGGGUGUUAUUUGGUACUAGAAGUAAUACCCGCGGCUACGCCGUAGGGACUUAAGUUGCAGUGUCGUGAUUAAUGGAUGGACAGUUUAGGUUAUGAUAGAAUGGGGCAGUUGUAUUUUUCUCUGAGGUAAGGGGAUGGAGAGCUAUGCAUGUUCAGUUCCAUCUCCCUAUCAAUAUGAGGUGAAGACUGUGAAAGGUUAACUGCAAACACACGAUCGUUGAUAAAAACAAUUUGGCAAU